CUUAGCACUCUGCCUCAUUGUGAGUGUGAGGACCAACGCGCAGAGGAACGCAGGACAGAAAAAGAAGCUUUGUUCUUUGUCCACUUUGCGCAGCGUCUGCAGCUAAAUGCACCACAAUCCACUCGGAUCUUCCGUUUAAUGGGGACACAUUAAACUCUUGUCUUACUGUUGUCGGGGGAGCUUUGGAGGGACGCACUGAGCAGCACUGAUGUGAGAUCCAACAUAAGGAGACAUGUCUGCCGCUCAAGGACUUCUCAACAGCGUCUUCUCUUGCUCCUCUCCCGCGUCCAAAGCCAUAACCAAACGGAGGCUACGCCAAACCCGGAGUCUGGACCCUGCUAUAAUAAGACACUCUGACACCGGCACGGAAGGAGUAAGCGGGGCAUCGUUAGGUGGAGUAGUGGCUGCCGACGCAGGUGCGUCCCCGGAGCGCUUGGCUGUGAAACCGGCUUUACGCACCAAGGCUCCGACGUUAAAGGAGCCCAUAACCCCGUCUCUCUCCUCUCCUUCCAUACCUUUAGACGUUUCUCCAUCCUCCAAUUUCCACUUUGACUAUGACACAGUGAAACGUGCCAAGAGGAAUACCGCCGGGGAUUUACCGUUUCUGGUAAGGGGGCCCGGCGCAGCGCCGUCCGGGAGCACCAACACGCUCUUCUCCCCACGGAGGUGGCUUCAGAGGAAAGUGCAGCCAUCAAGCUCUCACGCAUACGUUGUGUGGAAAUCAGAGGGUGAUUUCACCUGGAGCAGCCUGUCAGGACAGGGCGUGCGCCUGACGCCGGUUGCCAUCCAGAGCCUGUCGGAGCUGGAGAGGGCAAGGCUGCAGGAAGUGGCCUACGCCCGUUUACACCAGGACUAUGACCUGGGAUGUCAGAUAACCAUGCCAAAAGAUGGACAGAAGAGAAAAAAGUCGCUGAGGAGGAAGUUGGACUCUCUGUCGAAAGAGAAGAGCAAAGACAAAGAAUGCAUACCCCAGGCCUUCAGCAUACCGCUCUCACAGGUCAUCGCUAAUGACAGAAUGCACAGGCAGCGUCAGGACGGCUAUCAUCAGGACCAUUCACAACGUGAGGAGCACAAGGACUCCUCUGACCUCGUCUCAUCCAUUUUACAGUUUGCCACUAAGCGGCCCUCCAAUAAGGAGCUGUCCAGCAGUAACUCCUCUUUGAGUUCCACGUCAGAGACAGCCAAUGAGUCGACGUCACCCAACACGCCAGAGGCGGCACCGCGAGCUCGCAGGAGGGGAGGCAUGUCAGUGGAUUCGAUCACAGAUCUGGACGACAACCAGUCUCGCCUGCUCGAAGCCCUGCAGCUCUCUCUGCCGGCCGAAACACCGAGUAAAAAGGAGAAGCACCGGGACAAAAGGCUGAGCCUCAAUCCCAUCUACCGUCAGGUGCCUCGGGUGGUGGACAGCUGCUGUCAGCACAUCGAGAAAUACGGUUUGCAGACUGUGGGGAUCUUCAGAGUGGGAAGCUCUAAGAAGAGAGUCCGACAGCUACGUGAAGAGUUCGACCGCGGCAUUGACGUCCAGCUGGACGAGGAGCACAGCAUUCACGAUGUGGCUGCUCUGCUGAAGGAGUUCCUCAGGGACAUGCCCGACCCUCUUCUAACCAAGGAGCUCUACACAGCCUUCAUCAACACCACAUUGUUGGAUCCAGAUGAGCAGCACAAUGCCACUCAGCUACUGGUCUACUUGCUCCCAGCAUGCAACAGUGAUACUCUCCACCGCCUGCUGGAGUUUCUGUCCACCGUGACCGACCACGCCCAUGACAGACAGGACAAAGACGGGCAGGAGAUCACAGGGAACAAGAUGACGUCUUUGAACCUGGCCACCAUCUUUGGCCCCAACCUGCUCCACAAGCAGAAGAGCUCGGACAAGGAGUUCAGUGUCCAGAGCUCGGCCAGAGCAGAGGAGAGCACGGCUGUCAUCGCCGUGCUGCAGAGGAUGAUCGCCAGCUACCAAACCCUCUUCAUGGUGCCUCCGGAUUUGCAAAAUGAGGUUUUGAUGAGCCUGCUUGAGACGGAUCCAGAUGUGGUGGACUACCUCUUGAGAAGAAAAGCGUCACAGAGCCCCGACCUGUUGCAGACAGAGGAGCCUUUCACGCUGAGCGAGCGUCAUUCCUCCAGUGACUCCAACAAGGCCUCCAGUGGCGAGGUGUCCCCUUAUGACAACAACUCCCCAGUCCUGAGCGAGAGGAGAGGAGAACCUGGAAUCCCAGGCAGCGAGCCGCUCUUCCGCAUCCCAGGACCGUACAGUCUGGUGGGGCAGCCUGGAGCUGAAACUUGGGGUCCCAAAGAUGCCAUAUCAGAGGAGCAUGCUAACAUCUGGGGGACAUGGCACACUACUCUGAAACCAGUACUCAAGGACCAAGCAUAUGCAGGUUCCCAGGGCAACAUGUCAGAGGGAAGCUCUCGCAGCUCACAGGAAGGACUCGAUAGUGAUGGCAGACAGCAGACAAUGCUCCAACGGACUCAGACGGCGCCUGGCAUCGCCGAGACCAGACCCCACCCGCCGGUCACAAGGGCAUGUACGAGCCCUAAUGUACACACCAGACAGCCACGCCUGCAGCUCAACAUCAAGUCCCCUGUGACGUCACACCUCAACAGCCAAGGACUCAAUCGGGCAAGUGGACUUAACCCGACCUCCAGACCUCAAGGCGGCGGGGCGGGCAGUGGCGAUGGCGGCCCCACAGUGCUCAUCGACGGCCACACUCCUCCCCCUUACAACGCCUCUCAUCGACUGGCUGGUUCGCAAAGUUCACCUCAGCUGGCGACAGCUCAGCGGCCCUCUCUGAGUGCAGCUCAAAGUAACUCAGCCUCAGCGACAGAGGCGCAAAUGGUGCCGCACAGCCCGGAGUGGCAGGACUGGCAGAGGGACCGGUGGCAGAUCUGGCAGCUGCUGUCCUCGGACAAUGCUGACACACUGCCCGAAACGCUGGUGUGAUCUCAGACAAUGAACUGCAGCUUAAUCUCUGUAGAGGUUCUGUUCCCCCAGCCAACCGAUGGCAUCAUCCAACCCCUCCAAUGACAGUCACUCCUUACCCCUACCUUCAUGUUUUCUCUCACCCUGCCUUUCAUGGAUUUCACCCUUUCUGUGAUCCUUCUCUGCUUCUCCUGUAUCUUUAGCGCCAUGGAGUCGUUGUUUACGUGCACAGCUGCUGCCUUACGCAGACUUUUACAUCCAAGAGCCACUAGUAUUUCUUGUUUAGUAUGGAUGUUAAAAAGUUGCUUCUGUUCCUAGCCUCAAAAAAAAAAAAAUACCUCAAAAACUGUCCUUUCGCAACUUUUCAGAAUGUUACCGUGACUAAUUUUCUAUUCAUAAUGAGUUCAGUCUCCAUAUCUCAAUGGAGAACAGUAGGAAAAACGUUUGUUUCUUUUCAGUUUGAUUUGAUUUUCAAUUUUUUGUAAACUUUCAGCAUACAGACACUAAGAUGUACGUAUUAGUAAUUGCUGCUAUUGUAAUUGCUGUGGAGUUUUUUUUGUGUGCGUACUGGUAAUAUCGUUCAGCCACAUUUGUCUGAAAAGAUUAAAUAUCAAGUUACUUUUCAGUGUCAAAUUAUGUAUGGCUGCAUAUAAACAAACUGUUGACCAACAUGCCUAAACAGUAUAUAUGUAAAUUGACAUGUAAAGUAUAUAAUUUGCUAAAAGUAAGUCAGCCCUUUAACUGUCAGUCUACAUGUGGGUGUUUGUCAGACUGCUGUUUCUUGUCUUUAAUAUUGAAUGUAAAAUACUUCACUUAUGGCAGAAUGUGUAGACCUAAAUAUAAAGCACUCAGCUGUAA